AUGGCGGUGCCGGGCGUGUACCUGGUGACCUACACCAACGAGGCAGUGUCUUCCAUGGGCUUCCUGCUCGCCAGCGCCGCGGCAAACGGCUGGGCGCCGGUGGUCCUGGGCUUCGGAGAGAAGGCCUGGUGGCCCGAAGGGCUCGGCCGGAAGAUCAAUGCCUUGCGGCUAUAUGUCUUGCAGCCCACACUGCAUCCCAGCGACAUUGUGAUCUUCGCGGAUGCCUAUGAUGUUCUGAUCAUGAACCACGAGGAGGAGAUACGAGAGAGUUUUGAGAGCCUGGAGAAGGCCUUGAACCGGAGCCUGAUCUUCAAUGGUGAUCGGGCUUGCUCCCCUCGGAUGGCAGACAUUUGCACUGAUCCCGAGCCUCCCGAUAUCUGGCAGCAUCCUCGCACUUAUCUGAACUCCGGAGCCUUCGUCGGGAGGGUCUCGGCGCUGAGGCGUCUGCUACGAGAUCCAGUUUCUGAUAUCAUGCCUGGUGGCGACCAAGCCUUUUAUCACCGGCAGAGCCGAGACGACCCGACGGCCAUCGCCGUCGACACGGACUGUGUGCUUCUUUGCACGGUGGCUCGGGACCUAGCCUCCGAAGGACUACGGCAGCUGCCCAACGGCACGCUGGUGUUGCACUCCGGGGCCAAGCCGGGCCUCGUGCACUUCCCGGGCGGAGGGCACUGGCCUCGGUGGAAGGGGGGGCUCCCAAACAGCGUGAUCCAGGAUGCCUUCAAGACGAGAUACCCGAAACAGUUUGAGGUGCUUUUCGAUCGGGUCGAGAUCUCUGUUGACUUGCGUGGCGCCCAUGGCCAUCACGGCAGACUUGAUCAGCAGAGGUCUUUACAAAUAAUCCGCAGCGGCAUGUGCUUUCUUUGCAAGAUCUUGCAGUCGGAUAACGCAGAGUGCAGAUAUGUCACCUGGGACAAUGAGAUGUGCCAAGAAUUACGGCUGUGCCUUCCCCUGCUCAUUCUGCUCGCGGGCCUGCUGCUCUGGAAGCGUCGCUGCUGGAGCUGCUGGAUCCUCUUGCCGCGAAGAAGCGCCUUGAAGCCAUCAGAUCGGCACAGUGCGUGA